UUUAAUGUCCUCUUAACUGUGGUAGUGGAGCAAUAGCGUUACAUACCUCUGGUAGACCGACUGAAAGAUUGGCAAUUCAAACCCACCAGCCACUCUGAGGGAGAACCAUGAGGUUGCCUGCUCCCGUAAUUAUUGACAGCCUUGGGUGUUGGGCAUGGGUUCGCCGUGCCUCACAAUCCACCUGCUGACGUGGUUUCCAGGGUGGGUGUGCUUUGUGAAAGACAUUGCUCAAAGUCUGAUUUUCCUGGGCUCUCCGAUGCUCCUUUGUCAUUUUUGACUCGUUCCUAGUGUGCUCAGCGGAGAGUGGCAGAGUGGCACAGAUGGUUAGGUGCUCAACUACCAGCCCAAAGGUUGCCUUCCAACUCACACAGAAGCGACUCAGAAAACAGGUCUGGCGAUCUGCUUCUGAAAGGCCAUAGCGAUCCUCGGCUGCUUGGCGGCACCUAUGGGUUUGCAUGGAGACCAUUCGGGCCUCUCUGCCUCGAGGCCAGUCUGUGGAGAAACGCAGCCCAAUUCCCCUCCUGUCUCUCUCUUAUCUUCUCUGCCACAUCGCCCGUGUGGAUGGCCUCUUCCUUCCCAGAGUGACUCCCCCACCUUGUCCAUCCCCUGUCUUCCCUGCCUCCUUCAAGCCCUCAGUAACUCUCUCUGUCUGUCUCGCUCAUCUUCAGGCUUUUCUAAGAUCUUUCCUUCCAAUCUAGAACGUCUUCAGGUCACUCCGAUCCCUGGAGAAAACGUUUGCUCCCUCUUGCCUCCUCGUUUCAAAACCCCACCUUCUUAGCCCCCAUCAUAGCCUCUACCCUGUUUCCUUCUCAUCUUUCUGUCACCCUUUGUAGGAAACCAUCUUUACUGUGAAAGUACUUCCUGAGAACCAGAGCACAGCAAUCUGGGAGUUCCAGAAAGAAAACAUUACCAAUCUCUUAGAAGUCCCUGGAUCCCGAACACUUAAUGAGCACUUUCUAUCUGCUGAGUCCUGUUCUAUGUACUUUAUGUGUAUCGAUGGAGCCAUUUCGGAAACCCUUUGGAAAAUGGCAAUUCGAAACCACCAGCCACUCCACGGGAAAAAGAUGAGGCAUCCUGCUCCCGUAAGAAGUGGAAGACCCCCCUGUGUUCCCAGCUGUGAUCGUGGAGCAGGUACCCUACCCCGAAUUACUGCACUUAUACUCAGGCCUGGAUUUGGAUGACGUUCACAAUGGCAUCCUCGAAGACAAGACCCUGUGCAUGACGGAGAAUCAGAUGCUGGAAGAUGACAACGAAGCAAGCUCACCCACCACAUCCACCACUGAAGUCUUGCUCAAUGUGGAAUCUCCCAACGAGAUCCUGGAUGAAAAGCAGAUCUUCAGCACCUCAGAAAUGCUCCCGGACACUGACGAUGCUGCCGCCUACCUGUUUCCUGUCUCGGCGCCUGAGGCCCUGCUGCACGGGGACAGGAACGUUGAUGAGGAGCAUGAGAGGCGUCUCCCAGAGGAGGAGCGUGCCAGGAAAACGACGAAGUCCAAGAAGAGAGCUCGGAAGACCAAGGGUAACCGAAGUACUUCACCUGUCACUGACCCCAGCAUACCCAUACGGAAAAAAUCCAAGGAUGGCAAAGGCAGCACUAUCUACCUGUGGGAGUUCCUCCUGGCACUUCUGCAAGACAGAAACACCUGUCCCAAAUACAUCAAAUGGACCCAGCGAGAGAAGGGCAUCUUCAAGCUGGUAGACUCCAAAGCUGUGUCCAAGCUGUGGGGAAAGCAGAAAAACAAACCGGACAUGAACUAUGAGACAAUGGGACGGGCCCUGAGAUAUUACUACCAAAGAGGCAUCCUGGCCAAAGUAGAAGGGCAGCGGCUGGUGUACCAGUUUAAGGAGAUGCCCAAAGACCUGGUGGUGAUUGAAGAUGAAGACGAGGGCAAUGAGGCCACAGCCGGGACCCCUCAGGCCUCCACGUCCUCCAUGCCCACCCCACGCCGAGCCAGCUCCAGGGUUUCAUCCAGAGUCUCCACCCAGGGCAAGGGCAGCCUUUCUUGGGAGAAGCCAAAGAUUCAGCACGUUGGUCUGCAGCCAUCGGCGAGCCUGGAAUUGGGGCUGUCUGCUGACGAGACACCCACUACCUCCACGGUGCUUGUCUCUCCACUGGAGAGCCAGCUCCCCCAAGCCACGAGUUCAUCUUCAGUACCCGGCAACAUCCACCUAGAAGUGGGCCCUGUGGGAUCAGGCUCGACCUUGACCCUGCAGACCAUCCCACUGACCACGGUGCUGACAAACGGGCCUCCUGCUAGUACAACUGCCCCGGCCCAGCUGCUUCUCCAGAAUAUUCCAUCUGCUUCAACGUGCAAGGACACUUUCACUUUGCAGGCCUCCUUCCCCUUAAGCACCAAUUUUCAAGAGAGCCAGGUGGCAGCGUCAGGGCCCCCACUGAUUCUUAGUGGUCACCCCCAACUUUUAGCUGGCCCCAACCGCCCAAUCAACCCGGCACUAGCCCCGGUCACUGGUGUUGGAGGGGCAGGGCCUAGCUCUCGACCCCAGGGGCCUGUCAUAACUGCCUUCAUCAGGACGGCCACAGCAGCCCCUGGGGUCAAGGAGGGGCCAGUCACGUCCUCUUCCUCUCUGCAGGGUAUGGUGACGGGGGGCCCCAUGGAGGGCUUGCUCGUGCCGGAGGAGACCCUGAGGGAGCUCCUGAGAGAUCAGGCUCAACUUCAGCCACUCCCAACCCAGGUGCUUGCUGGCAGUUCCCAGAAUCAGAGCCUUAUGGAAAGCCAGGCAUUCUCUCCGCCCAGCUGCCCCACUGUUGGGCUGACCCCCGUGGCUGAACUUGAGCUCUCCUCUGAGCCUAGCGUGACCUCGUCUGCGAGCCUGCUGACCAGAUCCCCCACCUCAGGCUCCUUCGUUCCAUUUAACCCCACUUCCCUCAUUAAGAUGGGGCCUCAUGACAUAUAAGGCCAAGGGAGUCGGCGGAAGUGGGGUUGCUUAGGCCAAAUUGGGCAGUGUUGUUUUGAAUGGUCUUCCUUUAGGGGAGACUGACUUGAGCAGGGUGCCCUGCCCUUCCAUUUUGCCCCCCACUCCGGCCUGGGUUGGCCCUGGCCAACCCCUGCCCAGCGAUGACCUGCGUAGCAUCAAGCGGCUCAGCCUUGUCAGGAUAACUGGCCUGACUUGGUGGGGAUGGGCGGAAACCACCGUCCUCCACCCUCCACCCCAUCUCCCCCCGUCCCGGUCAGGCUGGUGUGAUGCAUCAGGGGAAUUGGCUGUCCCAUAUGUGAAUAUCUCUGUAUGUAUGUGUGUGUUUUUGUCUGUACCUUAGUUUCUUCGGGAAGAUCAGAGUUAUAGCUGUGAGGUCUUCAAGGGUAUGUGUCUUUCCACAGACAUAGGUCAGCCACAGACAUGGGGACUUUUUUUUUUUUUUUAAGAGAAAAGCAUGCUAUCCUUGCCUUGGUAUAAACUGAGAGGCAGUUGCUCCGGCAUUCUAGGGAACCUCAGAUCGAGAGUGAUACCACAGCAGGCACAGGCCACAUAAGGCGAGCUGCACCGUGGCCGGUGAGGGGAUGCAGUUGGAAAGGACCAGAAAGUCCAGUGGUGUAAAACCCUGAAGGCCAGUGGGGGAUGGGGGUGGGGCGAGACUUAGUUCUAGGCAGCUUCCAGUACAAGCCAGCGUCACCCCCUGUCCUAGAGUUUGCCACCGUCACCAGGCCACAAAGCCAGUCACAUCAGUCCCUCCACAGGACAACUGCCUUCUUCAGUACCUGGCCUCCAGCCUUGGUCCUGGAUGCCGCAAGGGCCUCCUGCUGAGAGCCGAAGGGGUGACACCAGGUUCGCAGCCUUCUGUAGGGCGUGGGGGCCUCACUUGGCCCCAUGCCCACCACUUCCCUGACUCCUUUCCCCCUGCUACCCCGUCUUCUCCAGCUCUGGAGCUCUGGACUCAUUUUACCCUGGUAUUGCUCAGCUGCCCAGCCCCGUAGCGAGGGUCCAUUGCCCCGGGCAGAGGCAGGGUUCCCAUAGACCAUCUGCGGGAGCCUGCUGCCCAGAAUCUGCACCCCUCACAAGAAGGCAGGUGCUCCCGAGGUUGCCUAGCCCAUCUCCAGUCGCUCCGUCCUAUUCUCUUCAAAAGUUGAUCUCUGAGCCUGAGCUGAGGGCCUGGGUCCCCUCCCCCCUCCUUGUGUCAGCCUGCCUCUCCCGCCAAGUUUGAGGGCCAGGCUACGAAGUGUCAGCCUCGGAUCUAGCCACGUGUUUCUGGUGAUUUUGGUUGGUGUGAAUCCGUGCCUUAGGACCGUUACUACGUCCUUGGUACAAAGUCAUGCACUUGACCUAACUACCUCCCCCAGUUGCUCUUUGCCUUCCUCUCCCAGUUUUCUUCCUACUCCAACCCCUCCUCAGUUCUCCAGGAGGGAACCACCCAAGUUUUUGCAGUUGUAUUUACUACGUGUUUCCAGCAGAUGGCAUUAAAUUGUCUUUUUCUAAUAAAAAUCAGUGCGUUACAA